AUGGAGGAAGAAACAAAAAAGCCAAUUUGUCUUAUAAUUUUAGGUAUGGCAGGGGCUGGUAAAACAUCAUUUACAAGACGUUUAGCGGGAAAAGUUGUAAAUGGAUCAAGGCCCUAUCUUAUUAAUUUAGAUCCUGCUUGCCGAGAAGUCCCAUAUCCAGCAAACAUAGAUAUAAGAGAUACUGUAGACUAUAAAGAAGUAAUGAAGCAAUAUGGACUUGGACCAAAUGGAGGAAUAGUAACAGCAUUAAAUUUGUUCUCCACAAAAUUUGGACAAGUUGUUGAUUUAAUAGAAAAAGCUGGGAAAAAACAUAAGUACUGUGUUAUGGAUACACCAGGUCAAAUAGAAGUAUUUACAUGGUCUGCAUCGGGGACUAUUAUCACUGAGACAUUGGCAUCUUCCUGCCCCACUGUUGUUGUAUAUGUUAUGGAUACUGUAAGAAGUGUUUCCCCAGUUACAUUUAUGUCAAACAUGUUGUAUGCUUGCUCCAUACUGUAUAAGACGCGGCUUCCGUUUAUUGUUGUAAUGAAUAAGACCGAUGUCGUAAAUAACUCCUAUGCAGUUGAAUGGAUGCGAGAUUUUGAAGCAUUUCAGGAGGCGUUAGACUCCGAAGACUCUGGAGAAGGGAGUACAUAUGUUGGAAAUUUGACUCGCUCCAUGGCACUUGCCCUGGAUAACUUUUACACAGAUCUGAAGUGUUGUGGUGUGAGUGCUCACACAGGUGAUGGCAUAGAUGAAUUUUUCAAAUUAGUCGACGAAGCUGCAGAAGAAUAUGAAAGAGAUUAUAAAGCAGAUUGGUUAAAAAUGCGGAGAAUAGAGAGGAGAAACGAAAAGAAGAGAAAGCUAAACAAAACAUGGACACAACCAGUGAUACAGUACUAG